GUCGAUCGCCUUCGGUGUUUUAAAAGGUGUUUAUUUAUUUCCCAUUAAAAACCUUUGAAAAUGGUUAAAAUCGCCCUCCAAAUCAGAGCCAACAUAGAAUGUAUUGAGAAGCUUUAUACCAACCAUCCACAUUACCAAUGGUUCUUAAAACUGAAGUGUAGUAGCUGCGGCGAAGUGUCCGAAAAGUUCCACGAUCUCACGGAGGCAGACAAAGUGCCUCAGAAGCACAACCGGUCCGAAACGAACCUCCUGAUAAAGUGUAAACUGUGCUCCAGGGAAAACAGCAUGGAUGUUAUCGAAGGCAGCAACGGUGCAUUUACAAACGAAGAUGCUGGCAAAUUCAAGACGCUGGUAAUAUUUGACUGCAGAGGAGUGGAGCCCGUUGACUUUGAACCUAAAUCUGGGUGGAUUGCAGAGGCUGAAGAAAAUGGUAAAAAGUUCGAAGAUGUAGAUCUCACUGAGAAGGAGUGGGUCGACUAUGAUGAGAAGAACCAGACCUCCGUCGGAGUGUACGAGCUGGAGUGGCAGUUCGUCAAAGUCAAAUAAGUGAUUUUAAUUUUAUCUUGUUAUAAACAAUGAAUUUACACUGUAACUAUACAUUUAUGUUUUUAAUAAACCAUGCUCACUAAAUGAA